AUUCACUGACGCAGAAGGUUGAUAUGAGCAAAGUUAAGCUAGACGUUAUCAAGCCUUGGAUAACAACCAAAAUCACGCAAAUUCUCGGUAUCGAAGAUGAUGUUGUGGUAGAGUUUGUUUAUAACCAGCUGGAAGAGAAGUAUAAGUAGAGAGAGAGAGACCAAUGGUGGGGCUCAACCCUUUUGUCCAAGUGGCAUUCAGAUGUACUUACCUUGGUAUCCGUUUGGCCACCUUUCUAACAUCGCGGACACUAGACUCGCCCAUGGCAGCCGAUGUGUCGUCAGCGAGCCUAUCAUCUAGCCGCUACAGCUCAGUACAUCACCCGUGGACAUCUUACAUCAUCCAAGGACAUGCAGGACCCGUAAAUCUACUGGACAACACUGGUUGCUGACUCAUCUUCAUCAAAGGAUCACCAUUAUCAUCUGGAGAUCCACGAGAAUCAUUAAUGUCUCUUUUGGAGACGUUUCAUCAUCAUUCUGAUGUGCUGAUCAUCAUCAACAUCUUGCUGAGAGGCGUUCCUGCAUCUUUGAUGGCUGCAGUUACUUCAACUGGUGAAUAAUCAAGUCUUCCUAUCGCCGCUAGGAAUCAAGAGAGCCGUUCGCUGUUUCCUCAUCAAAUUUACACCAUCGCGUUUGGUACGAGUCAUUGGAGAACAUCAGCAUACAUCAUUGAAGCUGAACCUCAUGUCACCGUUACGAGCAUGCCUGCAUAAUUCGUGCUACCAAUAUCGAGUAUCCUGAUCCUCGAAAGAUGCAGAUUAAUCUUACUGGUUUUCUCAAUGGUAAAAAUGCUCGUUCUUUUAUGGGAGAAUUGUGGGACCUGUUAGUUUCGGCUCAAGAAAGUGUCACAGGAAUUCCUGAAGCUUUCUUGCAACAAAAAAAAGAUCAGAUUAAAAAACGAUUGGAGGAACAAGAGAAGCUACAAGCAUCAUUAGCUGAAAAGGAAAAAGAAAAAGAGAAAGAUGAAGCUGAUAAAGUGAAAAAAGAGGAAAAAGAUCGUGGCGGGUCUAAAGAGCGUAAAAGAGAUCGGAGCAGGGAUAGAGAUAGGGAUAGGAAUAAAAGAAGCCGAUCAAGAGAUCGACAUCGAGAUCGUGAUCGUUCAAGUCGAAAACGUAAAUCCAAUUCGAAAUCUCCCAGCAAAUCUUCAGCAAAAGAUAAUGGAAAAGAUGGAAAUGAAGUCAAAGUUGAGAAAGAAGAUUCCCCUCAACCAGAUAAUGCUAUCCCUGUAAUGCCUAUAAAAACUAAACCAGAAGCAGCUGUUGCGAUUUCUCGAUUGCAAGCUAAAUUAAUGAGCAUUGCAGAUGGAAAGAAAAAGCCGAAUCGUUCACCUUCGCCAGAGAACGAGAAAAAAAAGUCACGAUCAAAAUCACCUGUUAAUCGACUGAAAAAAUCCAAAUCUAAAUCGCCUGUUUCGAAAAACCGAAGAUCUCGAUCUCCAGUAUCAAGAUCUCGUAGAUCAAGGUCUAAAUCUAGAUCCAGAAGAUCUCGCUCUAAAUCAAAGUCAAGACGAUCGAAAUCUAGAUCUGGAGAUCGCUCUAAAUCACGGAGGUCUACCUCUCGAUCUCGCAAUACUCGAUCGAAAUCACGGUCAAGGUCCAAAAAAUCAAGAUCAAAAAGUAUUGACCGAAGUAAAAAUCGUAAAUCAAGAUCAGAAUCUAGUGAUUCGAGAUCAUCAAAAUCACGAUCCAAGUCUGCGGAUAAGCGAAAGGAUAAACGUAAUGCAAGUUCUAGUAGUAGCUCUGAUUCUGGUGACGAUAAAAGAGGAAAAGAUAAAAAUGAUUUUGAAAUUCGAAAGAAAAAGGAUGGGGUGCAGGCUAAAAGAUCGUACCGGAAAACUAAUAAAGAUGAUAGUGAUAGUGAUAGUGACUCAAGCCGGGAAAGGAAAUCUGGUAAUAAGAGACGCAGCACUUCUCCAAGGAAAGGACGAGACCGGUCUAAGGAUAGAGAUAGGUCAAGAGAUAGAUCUCGUGAUCGUGGUAGAAGGCGUUCGUCGAUUGAUCGGGACAGAGAUAGGAGGAGAGAUCAUGACAGAGAUAGGGAUCGCGAUCGAAUGGACCGUUACAGUGGCAGCCGUAACAUGAGACCACCCUCAUCACGCCAAAGUUGGCGAAGGAGUCCACCGCGUAGAAGUCCUUUGAGAUAUCGAAGAAGAUCACCAAGCCCUGGAGAUCGUCGUAGAAGACGUUCUCCUGAUCGUCGACGAAGGUCUUCAGAGCGUCGCGAUCGUCGUAGAUCUCCAGAUCGUCGCAACAGCCGACGUCGCUCUCCGGACGGUCGCGAUCGGAUGAACAGGUAUGAUAGAUCUUCUUCUCGCGACAGAUCUAGCAGACGAGAUCGUUCGAGAGACCGUCGCGAUAGGGAUCGUAGAUCACGAUCUAAGGAGCCACUUUCUUCAUUGGACCGUUCAAAAGACAACAAGAAAUCGCCCGACCGUUUCAAAGAUUCCAAGGAUAAGCCACGUGAUAAAAAAGCCCUUCCAGAUGAAAAAAGCAAAGGACUUAGUGACAUCAAUGCGCGAAAAGAACUUCGCAAUGGAAGGUCUAAGUCAAGUAGCUCGGAAAGUAGCGAGAGUAGUUCCUCUAGUGAUGAAGGAGAAUCAAACAGGAAAGCAGCUGAGCAGAAGUUGGCACAAGAACGACGUGAACGAGAGCAGAGGGAACGAGAACAACGUGAACGUGAACAACGAGAACGAGAACAAGCAGAGGAACUAAAACGACGAGAGAAAGAACGUAUUGCUAAAGAAGAAGCAGCCAAACGAGAAAAGGAGAUGAAGAAGAUAGAACCAGUUGCAAAGAAAAUUGAAGUUAAUGUUUCACCAAAAAAAUCACAAUCUACAUUACUUCCUGUCACACGACAUCGAUUUUCGAAGAGUUUAUCGCGUACCCCAUCACCAUUCAAGAAAACUGAAGAUAUUAUCGCUGCGGUAGCUAAAUCAAAGGCUAUAUCUUCCAAAGAGAAUAAAGAUGACUUGAAAGCUAUAAAUAUACCUCAAACUGAAGUAUUCCAAUUGAAAAAAGACGAUAGGUCAUUGAAAUCCAUAAAAUUGCCAACUGAUGAAAAGAAAAUAGUAAAUAAACCUGUUGAAGUUCUAAGUGCUAAGAAACCAGGAGAGAUAUUGAAAAAAAUAAGGAAAGAACGAGUUGAUAACUCUUCAGACUCAGAAGAUAGUGAAGAAGAAGUAAGAAAGAAGCAAAGAAAAACUGAAAAGUCUAGAAAAGUUAGAAAAACUUCAACUGAAGAGGAAAAAACCGAUAAAGCAGGAAGUAGCUCUGACUCUGAAGAUGAUAGAAAGCACUCAGAUCAACUAAAACGAAUUAAAGAGAUGUCUCGAGCUGAUUUAAUUGAAGAACGUAUGAAAGACAGGAAGGAUAUUAAAAAACGAGACAUCAGUGAAAUUGAUCUUCUCCGUAGGAGAAAGAAGGAUAUUGAAGAAGACAUGAAAAAAGCUAAAAAAAUGAGAAAAGAUUCUUCAUCGGAUGAGGAUGAACCAAAAUCUCGGAAAUAUAGUAAAGAUGAAGAACGAUCGCGAUCUAAAAAACCUAAAAAGGAUUCAAGUUCUGAUGAAGAACCGAAGAAAUCUCGUAAACGUCAUGAUAGCUCAUCAGAUACUGAAAAAUCAAGAAGUAGGAAGGCAAAAGAAUCAUAUAGUGAUGAUGAAGGUCGAUCAAAAUUAAAGAAGUCAAGGAAAGAUACAAGUUCUGACGAUGAAGAACUAGAAAAAGAAAUUAAAAAGAAGAGGAAGGUUGAUGACAGUUCAGAUGAAGAAAAGAUUAAGAAAAAAAGAAAGAAGCGAGCAAAGACCAGUACAAGUGAAUCAGAGGAAAGUGAAGUGGAGGAGAAAAAACGCAAAAAGGAGAAAAAACAUAAGAAGCAUAAAAAACAUAAGAAACAUAGAAAACAUAAAAAGAAGAAAGUAGCAGAUUCUGAUGAAUCUGACGCAAGUGAAGGAAAUACUGAGGAGUUGGAAAAAAAACUUCGUGAAAAGGCAUUAAAAUCGAUGAAAAAAGGGCACAGUAUCGAACGAAGUGACUGAAUUCGUUAAGUUUAUACAUAUACACUACUCAAUGAACAUGGUUUGUCUCACUUAACUAAGGAUUAUAAUUUAAAUGUGGACAUAUUUUGUGAAUUUUUGUGUCUAAUGAUAAGAUUACAACCAGUUAUAUUUCAUUUAUAACGAGCAUUUUAGAGAUAAACAUGUUCUCAUGAUAGACGUAAAUGUCUAUUUUUACUCUAACCUCAUUUAGCUUACCGAUUGAAUAAUCGGUAAAUUAAUUAGACAAUUCAAAUGUAAUAAUUACAAUAUUUAUAAAGCAUCAAAUAAAUUAUAGAUAUAAUUUCUGAUACUGAUAUUAAAGAAGAAAAAA